UCAAAACAGGAACAAAAUGGCCGCGACGGGCGACGACGCCGCAGCAAUGGACAGCAUCUCCAGGGCACCAGCGGCCCAGUUGGCGGCUCUGAACCCGGCUAUGAGCUCCAGCAGCCCGGCGGAAGCCCCGGAGGAAGUGGCGGAAACCCCGGUGGUCGUUCCCAAGAAGCCAAGCGCGAACAGUGAUGGAGGUGUGGAGACUGCAGAGGAGGCUGUGGAGCCUGCAGAGCCAGACAUCAAUGAGUUGUGCACAGAUAUGUUUGAAAAGAUGGCCAUCGUCCUGCAAGGAGAACUAACAGGGACUUGUGAGGACUACCGUCUCCUGGAGAACAUGAACAAGCUCACCAGUCUGAAGUACAUGGAGAUGAAGGACAUCAGCAUCAACAUCAGCCGCAACCUGCAGGAUCUCAACAACAAAUAUGCCAGUUUACAGCCCUACCUGGACCAGAUAAAUCAGAUUGAGGAGCAAGUGUCUUCACUUGAACAGGCUGCUUACAAACUGGACGCGUACUCGAAGAAACUGGAGGCCCGAUUCAAAAAGCUGGAGAAGCGAUGAGGGGGGG